AUGCUACGCAUCGGAGUCGAUGUCGGAGGAACCAAUACUGAUGGUGUCCUGAUCGACGUGACACGCCUCAACGACCCUAGCCGUGGUGUGCUCGCCCAUUACAAGUCACCCACAACGCCCGAUGUCUCAAAGGGCAUUGAGAACGCUAUCCGGGAGGUGCUCAAGUCCGCCGGCGCAUCGUCGUCCGACGUCACUUCUGUCAGCAUCGGCACGACCGCAUUCAUCAACGCUGUAUUGGAGGCAGACGCACGUCGGCUCGCCAAAGUUGCUGUGAUCCGUCUUUGUGGUCCCUACACUAGGCAAUGUCCCCCCUUCGUCGACUUCCCCAAGCAUCUGCGCACACUGACAGAAGGACAUGUUGGCUUCGUUGAUGGCGGAUUCGAAAUCGAUGGCAGAGAGAUUUUCCCUCUCAACGAGCAGCAAGUUGUCGCCCAGUGCGCCAUCAUCAGAGAUAAGGGUUUGAAGAACAUCCCGGAAGCUAAAGAGGCGUCUUCUCAGAUCGUCCUUUCCGGGGUAUACUCGCCUUUGGACAACGAGGGGAAGCACGAAGCAGCAGCGAAGAUGAUUAUGGAGCGCGAACUUGGGUCCUCGGUGAACGUGGUCUGCUCUCGAGACGUUGGUCAAGUCGGCCUUCUCGAGCGGGAGAACGCCUCUAUCCUCAACGCGUCCAUCCUUUCCUUCGCCCAGCGCACAAUCCGUGGAUUCCAGAAGGCGAUCCAUGCCCUCAACCUCACUUGCCCCGUUUUCCUGACCCAGAACGACGGCACGCUCACGACGGCAGCCUCCGCAGCGCGGCUGCCGAUCCGCACCUUCGCGUCAGGGCCCACGAACUCCAUGCGCGGCGCCGCGUUCCUUUCCGGCCUGGACGACCACAAGGCUUCAGAGAGCCGCAAGUCGACGAUCGUGGUCGACGUCGGCGGGACGACGACCGACGUGGGCGUCCUGCUCCCGUCGGGGUUUCCGAGACAGGCUGCGUCUUUCAUCGAGGUCGGAGGCGUGCGGACGAACUUCACCAUGGCGGACGUGCAGUCGAUCGGCCUGGGCGGAGGGUCCAUCGUGCGGCCUUCGCAGUCUGCGCAAGGCGUUUCUCGUAUAUCGGUCGGCCCGGACUCCGUGGGCCACAACCUCACGCGCGACGCGAAAGUCUUUGGAGGAAGCGUGCUCACCGCUACGGAUUUGGUCGUCGCGAGCGGACGGGCUGAGUUGGGCGAAAGGGAGAGGGUGUCGGACGUGUCUGCCGAGACUGUCGCCUCGGGCAUGCGGAGGAUCAAGAAGUUGCUGGAAGGAAUCAUCGACAAGAUGAAGACAUCGCCUGAGGAUAUCACCGUGCUCCUGGUCGGAGGAGGCAGUAUCAUAGCUCCCGACGAGCUGGCCGGUGUGAAGGAGAUCAUCCGACCGCCGUUCUUCAGCGUGGCCAACGCGGUUGGCGCGGCUAUGGCGAAGGUCGCGGGAGAAGUGGACACGAUCGAGCUGCUCGCUGGCCGGGACAUUCACACCGUUGUGGAGGGCAUCAAAUUGGAAGCCAUCAAGAAGGCUAUCUCGUCCGGCGCAAGUCCGGCUACGACGAAGAUCGUGGAGGUCGCGAACAUCCCCGUUCAGUACGUUACCAACCAGGCCACUCGUAUCAUCGUCAAAGCCGCGGGCGAAUUGUCCCCUGAAGCUAUUGCCGAUCUGGAAGGGAGCAUCCUGCCGCCAGACAGCACAGACGACGCGGACGUAGAAGAGGCUGAUAAGUCGUUCGAGAAAAUCCAGCAUGUUGAAGAGAACCAGUCACUCGAAACGAUCGACAUCGAAUCGUACAAGCCCACCAUACUCCCAAACAGAUCCUGGAAGCUCACUGAACUGGACCUAGAGUGGAUUGCUGAGGGAUGCGGCGUACUCGGGACGGGAGGUGGCGGUUCGCCGUAUCCACCUUUCCUAAUGGCGCGACAAGCUCUCCGUGACGGGAAGGAGAUCUUUGUUCUGGACCCUGAGGAUGUGCCAGAGGAAGACGUAUUCAUUCGAUGCGGCUUCAUGGGUUCUCCUAGUGUGGCCGUCGAACGACUCCAAGGCGGAGAUGAAAUCCCUGCGGCUGCUCGCAUACUCUUGAAAUAUCUCGGAGUACAGGACUUCAGGGGUUCUAUCUCCGAGGAAAUAGGCGGUGGAAAUGGUAUCCAGCCUAUGAUCGUCGCAGCAGAGAUGGGCAAGGCCGUCUUGGACUGCGACCUCAUGGGUAGGGCGUAUCCAAAUAUGUACCAAACAUUGCCUGGUGCGUAUGGCAUCCCGAACGGUCUCUGGCCAUGUGCGCUCUCCGACGGGAUAGGGAACACACUAGUCCUCCCCACAGCUCGGAAUCCAAAAGCGGUAGAAGAUAUCCUGCGUACAGUUACGACCGAGAUGGGCUCGAAAAGCGGCGUCAGCAUGGCGCCUCUUUCGCGGAAGACGUGUACGCAGUAUGGCGUGCCCCACACUGUCUCGCAGGCGUGGCGUAUCGGGCGCGCGAUUGCACUUUGCCGGAAGAAGAACAUCCUGAAAUACGUACCGAAGGCUAUCUUGGAGCUGCAGAAUGGUUCAUGUUUGUUCGUGGGGAAGAUCGUCGACGUUCAGCGGGCAAGUGAAGUGCGGAAGGGAUUUACGUGGGGCCAAGUGACCAUCGCACCCUUGCUGGAAGAGGAGGAAGAAGACGCCAUCUCAGCGUCCGAUUUCACGCUGCCCGUAAAGCCCGACGAUCGUCUCGUCAUUCCCUUUCAGAACGAGAACCUGUAUGCCUAUAUCGAAUCCGCGAAUGGCGAGCAGAAGAUCCACGUCACGGUCCCGGACCUGAUCACCGUGCUGGACUCUCAAAACGGCGCAGCGCUGGGGACGCCCGACUACAGGUACGGCCUGCGUGUCACCGUGAUCGCGCUGGCCGGACACCCGAGCUGGACCACCACUCCAGAGGGACUGCAGUGCGGAGGUCCUGGAGCAUUCGGACUGCGCGACCUCCCGUUCACGCCUAUCGCAUCUUACAAGGAACCCCGGAGUGUAGUGAAAGAAUACGCCGCGCUGUGA